UGAUCGGAUUAAUGAUGUUGGGGAUGGCUCAGGCGACGCCAAGGGAGCGAAGAGCGACGUUGGGAGCAUGGGUGAUGCCGAGGUAGAUGGGUCUAGCAGCACUGAUUCCAGAAGUGGCGGUGCCAGGGAUGUUAGUGGCGAUGCCUUUCAUUGGUCAGGUGACAUUGAUGAAGAUGGUCAUGGCAUAGGCAAUGUAGAAUUCUAA